AUGGCUGAUAAGUCUCAGAAGCAGGCAUAUGGAUCGGUGGAGAAUGUCCUAGUAAAGGUUAAAGAUCUCUACCUCCCUGCUGACUUUGUGAUACUCAACACGGGAGAGGAUACAAAUGACUCCAUUAUCCUAGGAAGGCCAUUCCUAGCCACUGAAAGAGCCCUGAUUGAUGUUGAGAGAGGAGAGUUAGUUCUGAGCCAUACAGUACCCCCUGACAUCAAACCUAAGUUUGGUGUUGGACAUUCACCACCCACCAAAGAUGGAGGAGGUCCCAAGAAGAAAGUACCCAAAGGAUGGAGGAACAAGAAGAUUCCUACUGAGAACUUCUCACCAAGCAUGAAGGUGCGUUGUCUGCACCGCCACGCAGAGGCCGGACGCCAGAGUCCAGACGGACCCCUCGCCUUCUCACGGUCUCACCUCCCCUCGCCUCAUCCCUCGUCGUCGUCGGCUCGUCCCCCACCUCUCACCCGCGCAGCGUCGCAGAGCCCAGUGAAGGACCACCACGUAGAGUCGCAGUCUCGUAGAGCCCACCAGGCCACCACCAGGCAGAGUCGCACAGCGCCAGAGCCCACCACCAGUCCACCACGCCGUUUGCCUCCCCUCCCCUGUUCUGCCCUCGUCAGCCUUGUUCUGUUUUUCUUCACUGAAGCACUGCCGAUCUGCUUCAAGUGA